CCUCCGUGUGUGUGCGCGCGCGUGUGUGUGUGUGUGUGUGUGUGUGUGUGUGUGUCCACGAUCCGGGCUCUCUCGCAAAUCGACACCCAAUCUCCGAAAACACAAUUACACGUUAAAGCUGAAGGUCGCGGUAGAUACCAUGCAGUCACAUGUAAGGAGUGCACUUGCGACAGAUAAACACAAGAGCCGUCGCUCUUCUUUCUGUCUGUGGAGUUUUUUUUUUUGCGCCCUGUGUGUCAUUUAGGGGAGUCAGGGAAAAUCAGGAAUGCUUCUUCCGGUCCCAGAGAGUGUAAAAAACGAGCGGAAGUCCAAGUGGUUUUUGUAGUUGUGAACAAGGUCUCAUAUGCCUGUGCUUCCACUGGCUGCCUCACGUCCAUCUUUGGUUUUACAUCAAGACAAGUGAAAAGUCUACAUCUCGACAACUGGACCUCUUCCAUUUCUCCUCAAGGACAAAUAGUUCAUCAUCCCAUCACAUUCAAGAUUCUCCAAUAAGCUGCUAGCCAGUCGCGUGAUUUGCAAUUUGCUUUCUCUAGGCAGAAAUACCAAUCAUCAUCACCAAACGAACCCACAACUGGUGCUCCCUCAGUGGGGGAGGGAAGGGAAGCAAGGCAGUUUAUCACUGUGCCAUUUCCCACAGAGAUGAAGCUGCAGGCCGUCAUGGAGAACCUGCACAGGCAGCAAAGGGCCAAGCUGUUGAUGGAGCAGCAGCUUCAGCAGCAAGCAGCCAUCCAGCACUCUCAUGUCCACCCAAGUGGAGUAGCAGGGGACGACUCUAAAAGCAGCCCGGCCCCUGAGACGGAGCAAGCCCAAUUGGUGGCCCUGGCAGCCAUGCGUGCGGCAGCGGCCGGGUUACAGAGGGUGUCAGACAGCCGCAUUUCGGACAGCCGCAUGUCGGAGCGCAGCAGCGGCAGUGAGGAUGAAGGUGAAGACGAUGACAAUGAGGGAGAAGAACAAUACAAAGAUAUUAUGGGGUCGGAUGAGGAAGAGCAAAUCAAACAAAAGUGGGAUGAGGAGGACUUUGAAGGCGAGAUGGAAGAAGACUUUGAUGACGACCUAGCGGAGGAGGGUCUGCCCACAGGCCACAAUGCAGUUGUGCCUGGGAAAGGCAUCCUCCUGCUGCCCCACCGCCAGCUCCACCCUCACUCCCAGCUGCUGAAGGCUCGGCCCAGUGUUGACCAAGAGCCCCGCAUAGCCAUCUUGCCUCCCCACCCCGCACACAGCCAUCUUGGCCAAGACCACGGGGAAUGGACCUACGAGGAACAGUUCAGACAGCUGUAUGAACUAAAUGGAGACCCAAAGAGGAAAGAGUUUCUGGAUGACCUCUUCAGUUUCAUGCAGAAAAGAGGAACCCCUGUGAAUCGUAUUCCCAUCAUGGCCAAGCAGGUCCUGGAUCUGUACAUGCUCUACAGGCUGGUGACGGAAAAGGGCGGCCUGGUGGAGGUCAUCAACAAGAAACUGUGGAGGGAGAUCACCAAGGGACUCAAUCUGCCUACCUCAAUCACCAGUGCAGCCUUCACUCUCCGCACACAAUACAUGAAGUACCUGUACCCAUAUGAAUGUGACAAGAGGGGUCUGAGCAACCCCAACGAACUCCAGGCCGCCAUCGACAGCAAUCGCCGGGAAGGCAGACGACAGAGCUUCGGUGGCUCCCUCUUCACCUACUCCCCAAACGGAACACCCACCAUGCUGUCUUCGCCAAAGCUCUCCACGCCCACCAUGGGUUUGACCAUAGGCACCAAUGGGGCCUCGCUCACCCCCAUCCAGAAGAUCAAGAAAGAAGAAGAGGGCGGGCAGCCCUUUCAUGGAGUUGGUGUGCCUCGCAUGCCAGUGGGAGCCCUAGGGGGUCAGUCAGUUGCUGCCGUGCAGGCGGCAGCGGCCCAGGCGGCGAUGGCGGCACAGGUUGCGGCUUUGGAACAGCUGAGGGACAAACUGGAGGCCGGAGAGCCACCAGAGAAGAAAAUGGCGCUGCCAGCAGAGGAGCACCAUCGACUGCUGCAGAGAGCGCUACAACACAACUUGCUGGCCAUGACGGGUCAGAUACCCAUGAACAUCCGCAUCAACCAACAAGAUGGCAGGCAGGACUCUGCAAUGAACCUCACUACCAAUGGGACAAACAGCAUUAGCAUGUCAGUAGAGCUUAACGGAGUCAUGUACACUGGUGUCCUUUUUGCUCAGGCAGCAGCUGGGUCAGCCCCAUCGGGCACGUCCCUCUCCAGCAAGGCUGUCGGCAGCCGUGUCUCUCCUCAUCAUCUGCAGCAGCAGACCACACCUACCUCAACCUCCAGCAACCCAGUUUCUUAACAAAGCCUCAGCCUUUCCCCUUCCUUUUUUCCCCCAAACUUUGCUACGUAAAGCCAAAAAACAAAAAAACAAAACAGAAAAAAACCAACAACCUCAUUUUGUAUAAUAGUCGAUGCCAAAAAGAGAAUGCAUACACAAAGACACAAACCAACUCGAUCCCUUGAAAUACCCUCUCAGGUUCUGUCAACUCACCUCUUUUGUUCUUCAUGGCCACAAUAAUUUUGGAGGAAAAUAUACCAAAAGAGAGCCAGUACAUGUUAAACAAAAAUGUAUGUACAACCUGUGAAUUAUUUAUUUCUACAUACAAAUACAGUUUAUGGAAGAGCAAAAGAGAAGGUAAUAACCAGGAAGGGCACUGUUUACACUCACAAACACAGCAACUGACUGACAGUAAUGUUUAAUCCUCUAGGGGAGAGAUUCUUUUUAUUUGACCUUUUACUCGUCGUUUAUCAUUAUUUUUAAGCAUUAUAGUGUUUUAUCAUUUAAAUCUUUAUCAAUCCUCUAUCUGCAGGAAAACAUUUAUAUAUUUAGAAUCUAUUGAAAGAAAAGAGUACAAAAUAUUUUCUAUUUUGAAUCAGAAAAGCUUUAAAAGUAUAUGUUGUUUCUUCAGGGUGUAUAGCAAUGCACCGUUGUGACCUACUUGUGUGUAAAACCAGAUGCGUUAUUCCCACGCCAGCCGUUGUAGAGCAGUCUUUAUUAAUAUAUUUGGUUGCUAUGCGGUGACCAGACAAGGUGAUAGCUCGACGUCCCUGCUGAAUUCAUACAUUGUUGUUUUCCUGUCGCAAGGCCAUGAGCCAUUCUCACUGAGUAAGAUCAGCUUUUGCUGCACUUGAACAUGCUUUGGCCUUGAUGGCGUCUACAUGAUGUUCCUGCAAACUUCACAUGAAUAAUACUCAGAUUGCUCUCAGGUGUCCACAUUACUUGUUUGCAAUGCUUUUCUACGUCUCUGCAGAAAGAUCAUUUUCUAUCUUUAAUUUCCUGUUUUUAGCUUGUUUUUCUCGUGAUUGUUUUAAUGUCAAAUGCAUGCCUGUAUUUGUGGAUAAAGCCUGAAGGAACAUGGAUUUCCUUUCAGGACUGCACAGUACCUGUCUGUCCACUUAAUUCUUGUUGUCGAGAAGAUGCUCACGUGGACAAUCAGGUGUCAGGAGGCGCGAGCUGUGUCUCAAGAGGACCUGAUGUAGUUAAACUUAUAUCUGGCGCUUUCUUAUGUUUUUGUGUAUAGAUGUCAGAUACAUAUAUAUAUUGUGUGUUUUGUUGAGCAUGAAUUUUGUGCUUUUCAUCUAAGUGCUUCUUAUCCUUAUCCUGCUGUUUGGAGGACCAGGUCAUACUCAGAUUCUUACAACAAUCACUCAGCUUUUGUUAGCUCUCCAGUGGUUGUGAACCCUGACCACACUAUCCCAAACAACCUCAUUCCUACUGAAGAUAGGAACGAAACCAUGCUUUGCAUAUAGGUUCUUUUUUUGGAGGCCUUAAACAGUAUGAGAUGACCAGUUGUCACCUUUUUACUGUUCCGGGCAAGUACCGUAAUACCAGCUGCUGCUGCUUUGAUCAGAGCCUUGCUUUUCUGCCUCAGGCCACCACCAGCUGCUACACAAACAUGUCUGAGAGAACGCUGCGCUGCUCACACUGUGAAUGUAUACUCUCGCUUCACUAGUUUUACUAUUUUAAGACAAAAUGGAAUUCAUGUAGGAGUAUUAUGGACCUACUGAAGAGGGGGGAAAAUACUGUAUUGUGAGAAUAGUUAUUCAUCUAUGAGAACAAUAUCAAAAUUUAGAGAAAAUAACUUUUCUAACAAAGUAAUGUGAGAUAAAGUACGAUAUAGGCAGCACUGUGUUCUAGUGAUUAGCAUGUCUGCCUCACAGUUGUGAUGUUCUGGUUUGAAUCUCAGCUCAGCCCCUGUGUGGAGUUUGCAUGUUCUGUCUGUGCUUGCCUGAGUUUUCACAGGGCACUCCACAUUCCUAAAACUUAAAUGUUUGGUUAAUUGCAGACUCUAAAUUGUCCAUAGUUGUUCAUGUGAGUGUUGUGUUGUGGUUUGUUUACAUUUGCCACCAGUCCUGGGUGCACCAUUCCCUCUCAGUCAAAGCCAGCUGGGAUAGGCUGCAGCCCACCUGUGAUCCUAAGGACAAAGACUAUAGAAAGUGGAAGGAACUCUUGACUGUUUUUCAGACUGUUACGUUUACAUUUGUGCUUGAUUCUUAUAACUUUACCAUUUAGUAAACUUUUGGGGGUUUUUUUUGUGGGGGGGGGGGAUAUUUAUAUCCUUUUGAGUAAUAAUAUUCCAGUAUUACUAAUCCAUAAUACUCCUUCAUGGGACCUUGACAAGAAAAUCCCUUUUCCACUAGUGGGCGCUGUGUCUAGUCAUUGCCAAACCAGAUGUGAGCAAGAGUAACAUAAAUUGCAGCUGCUCAUUGGUGUCAUAGGUCGUAUAGUGUCUUUUGGGGUGUCACAUUUCAUGAGGUACCACCUGCUACUACAAGUCAAGAACUGAUUGAACAUGUCCCAUUACCCUUGUGUUCCAAGUGUUGACUGGAAACUGUGUUUUGGGGUUUACAACGCCGCCAAGAAGAAAGUAAAGGAUUAGCAAACGAUUUAUUUUCUUACCUAAAUAUUGUACCUUCAAAAACUGGAGUUGGGUUAAAAUAGUGUGAUCAGCAGCAUUGUAUGUCUUGUGCCUGUCUGUUGACUGUUACAUUUAACAGUCAGAUCAGUCUAUACAAAUAUACAAUCCAUUAUUAGCAACCUCACUUAUAGGAGUGUAAUACUACACAGCAGUCUUCAUUGUAACAUCGUCUGGAUUAUACCCUUCUUUUCAGAGAUGUAGUAAGAAGACUAAUUAAACAUACACCUUUUUAAUGUUUAGUAGUAUUCAUGAAGGUAUGACGCAUGAUUGAGGCGGCUUAAUGAAAUUCUCAGUAGAUUCUGUGGAGGCGAAGUAACAAGGACAGAUAGUGCCUUCUAACUGUGGACAAUAGUACAGAUACACACUGAAGCUGAGCUAACUUACAAAGCAUUACUAAAAACAUGAGUCAAGUGUUUUUGUUGUUGUUUUUUUAAUAACAAACCUACAUAUUAGAGUGGGGACUAACUAUGAAUUAACCUGCUGGUCUUUUCUUACAUUGUGUAAACUGUUGCUUUAGGUUCUGUAUACUACUUUAUGAAGAAGAGGUGCUUCAUAUUACUCUGGGAAAUGCUUUUGUUAUUGUCUUAAGUAGCAGAUGUCAGAGAUGCUGUAAAGAGCUGACAAUCAAAUCAAUGCACUCUAGUUAAAAGCAUCUCUUUGGGGGAGGUAUGCUAUAGAAAACAAAAUUCAAUCAAUCUCGAGCUAAAGGAUCAACAUUGCUUUUUUUGUUUUUUGUUUUGUUUUUUUAAUUUAAACAUUUGUGUCUCUGACCUUUUGGCCCCUAAGGCAGCAUUCACGCACCAGCCCACCCCCCACGCCCCUCACUCCCUCCCUGCUGUAUGGAUCUGUGUUUGAUCGACCUGCUCAGUGAGAUAUUUGCAUUUGAACAGUUGCUGCUUUGUCUGUCUCUCUCAAAUAACUGCAUCUCAACGUGAUAUUGCCGUGUUUUUGGUUUUUGUGUGUGCGUGCCCGUGACAAUCAGGAGAUAUUGUGACAACACUGUAUACCUCCUUACACUCUUGAAUAUCCCUUCAGCCACUGUUUCGACACCUUUCUACCUCAAUGACAUUGACACGCUGGAAAAGACAACAACAACCUGUUGAUAAUGAUAUUGAUUAGCCCUCCAUUAAUGACCACAGACAAUCAGAUAUUAGCUAAUUGGGACUUUUCUUUCUUGAUUGGUUGCCAUUGCCUGAUGCAAAGGAAGGUUGUGGUAAGAGCUCCCCUUAGUGGAAAGGUUUUGAAGUUAGAUCCUCCAAGUGGUUGAGAAUAUUUUGUUUUCUUUGUGUUUGGAUGCAAACACUUUGGAACCAGCAUUUUAAAGUGUGGAUCUCAGAUGCGUUAAGAUUGACUCUUAAAUUGUCACACUUCAUUAUUUCUUUUCCUGUAGCUCUUGUCAGGCAGGAUCCUCUGUGUAAAAUGGAACAUUUCUGUAAAAAGUCUUAACUCGGCAAAGAAAUUUGACUUCUUGUUUUUGUUGUUAUUAAUGCAGUUAGUUUGGAUUGAAUGCAGUCUUUUGGUGGAUCUACAGUGCUUUGUAUGUAGAUGGGACAAUUUCAUUUUAUCCAGUUAAUAGAAAUAGAAAACCUAAAGACUGUCAUAACUUGAAAAAUUGCUGCUGUCAAUCCCUUCAUGGACCAUCAGCCACUACUUACGGGUCAGAAUGCCUUUGGAACAUCACCUCUGCCUCGGAUAAGGUGGACUGCAGACAAUGAUGAUGACAAAAUAAUAUGCCUUCUGCUGUGACAAUUGUAAGGAUUAACAUGUAUUACUAAAAUUCAUGGAGUAGAAUAUUUCUGAAAUACUGCUUUUUAAGGCUAUGAAUUAUAUCAUGUAUUUCUUUGCUUUAUUCAUGCUGUCAAAAACCAGCACACAGAUAAUACAUUUUAGAGCAGAUUUAUUUAGAGAUGAUGAUGAUAAUGUGACUUUUACGGAAGCACGUGUGCUCCUCACGUCUUCAACUUAAUUCAGAACUUCAGGAAAUGAGGCAUUAUGUCUUGUCUCUUAAAACUUCUCAGGAAAAUCUACCUCUACCUCCAGUUGGAUGCAUUUAGCCCAGUUGGGUGUGAAGUUCCCGUUUAGUGGGUACACGGAGAAGGCAUGUUACAGCCCAACUUCUGCUGAUGCAACAGCAGGGAUCCCACAGCUCAACAGUACUGCUUCUAUAGUACCACUGUUAGCACUGCAAGUAGUCUUCAGUAUGUUCACUCGAUGUGUGCUCAUUCCUUUUUUAUCUAUACAUUAUGAUGAUGAAUGGGAUGUUUCCUAGUACCCAUUGUAAAAGUAAAGUGGGAAGGCAAUGCAAGUUUUUUUUUCUGUUUUGAAUGGUGAAGUUAUUCUUGCCUAUUUACUCAAUGUGUUUGUGUGAAUACUUUAAAUUUGAUCUGAAAUUAAUAAAAUAUCAACUUUCUUAAAUGUCA